AUGAGUUCACAAGCAUAAAGUGAAAUGGAAUUGAAAUUUUCAGCUUUUGAAAAAUUAGGAGACAAUCCUACAGAUGUUGAUAUUAAAUAUGUGAGUUAUUUACUCAAAAUUCCAUUAUCAACUCUACGUCUAUGGUUAGAAGAAAAAGCUGGAAUAGAUUUUUAAAUAGAUAUCUCUCCAACUGAAGAUAAAGAAUGUUAAAUUAUUGGUUCUAUUGUUAAAAAGAAAAAAAUGUCAAAUUAAUAAAAUUCAGAAAAAGAAGAGGAUUCCCUGUAGAAAUAAACAAAAAAUAUUUCCAAAUAACUUUCAACUGAAUCAAAAGAAAAUUAAAUUACUUAAAAAAAGAAACAAGUUGACAAAACAAAAUUAAGUCUGAUUAAUAAAAAAUUUUAAAAGGCUUAAUAAAAAAAAAAACAUUUAGCUAUUAAAUAAGCUUAGUACUCUUUGUAUGAAGAUUAAAAAACUUAAGAGAAAAAUACAUUAGAAAAUUAAUAUCAGAAUCAACCAUAAAAUAUAGAAACUCAAAAAAUUGUACAGUAAAAUGAUUUAGUUGAAGUUUAAAAUAAAAUAAAUAAUUAAGACAGCUUAUCCAAUAGUAAAGAUAAAAAUAAUAAUUAAUAACAAUAAAAUUAAUUUGCUAAGUAACAAUUAUAAAAAGAAAAAAAAUAAAAUUAACAGCUUAAUCAAUAAAAGCCUAUAUUUCGUAAGGAUAAAGAAUAAAACUAAAAAGAAAUCAAUCCAAUUAAAGAAUAGACUAAAUCUAAAUCAUAAAUUAAAGAGUAAUAAAACAAUUACUUAAUAGUUAUUGAUGAUGAAGCUUAUUUGAAGGAGUAAAGAUAGAAAAAAUUAGAUAAGGAAAAGGACUAAAAAUCAAUAUUAAGUUAAAAAGAUUAAAAUUUAAGUGAGAAACAAUCAAUCUUAUAAGAUUUGACUUUAAUGAAAAAUAAAAAGUUGAAAAAUCCUAUAAAGUCAACAUAAUAACAAAUCUAGGUUGAAAAAAAUAAGCCUGAAAAUGAAAUUAUAAAAUAAAAUGAAUAGAAAUAGAAUUCAAUUCAAACUAAUCUUUAAAAAUUAAAUCUUUAGAAUCAUUAAUAAAUAUAAUUUAAGUAGAAUAUAUAAUAAACUUCAAAAUAAUAAAAAUAAGAUAAUCAUUUUCAAUAAAUAAAUUCAUAAUAGUAAUAAUUAUAAUAGAAUUAAUUUUCCUAAAAAAUUACCUAAGGAUAAAUAAUGAACUUUUCAGGAUAACCUUAUGAUUAAUUAAGUAAACAAAAUUAAUUAGUUGAAAAAAAAUCUUCUCAUAAUUAAAUUUAGAAUGUGACUUAACCACCUCAAAAGAAGGAUUAAAAUUUAAUUAUGGAACCUAUAAAAUUAGCAUAAUAAUAACCAUAAUAAUAGCAAAAUUAUUUAGCUUUAGUUUGUUCAUCUUAAUCGAUGUAAACACAAACGAGUUCAAAUAAUACUGCCAAUUAACUUUCACCAAAUCAAACUACUUUAUAAAAAUAGCCAAAUUAAGAAACACGUUCUUAGAAACAAAAUUAAAUUGGAUCUGAACUAAAUCUUAUCUAAAACCAGUUAAAUUAAUCAAUUCAAGGACCUAUUUAAUACAAUAAUUUAGAUAAGAUGUAGUAAUAGUCUAAUUAAAUAGAAAUGAUUCAAAUAUUCAAUAAAAAUUGUUAAAAGUUAGGAUAAGCAGUUUAAAUGAUAGCAGUAAUUAGUAAUUACCAGGUUGUUUUGAUGGAUAAAGUUGGCAUGAUUUAUGAAUGUGUUAAUAAAAAGUGA